AUGUCGUGGCUUUUUGGCGGAAGCAAUAAAGAGACCGAGGGCUCCCAGAAGACCGCUCAGGACGAAUCAAAACUGCAGAGCACGUUGGGCUUCGACCCUAGUCAAGUCACCAAUGUGUCCAGCAUCAUUUCAACACCUGGUGCGCUGGAUCCUGCAAGACUACAUCCCUUAGCCGGCCUAGAGCGUGGUGUAGAGUACCUGGAUCUUGAAGAAGAACAGCUAUCCACCAUGGAGGGCUCGCGCAGUCUCAUUCCUUCCAGAGGUUGGACUGACGACUUGUGUUACGGGACAGGUGCCGUGUAUCUGAUUGGUUUGGGUCUAGGUGGCUCUUAUGGGUUUUUUGAGGGUCUCAGAAACAUCCCUCCCAACAGCCCUGGCAAGUUGCAGCUAAACACAGUCUUGAACCACAUCACCAGAAGAGGUCCCUUUUUGGGCAACAACGCAGGUGUGCUCACGCUCACUUACAACCUUGUCAACUCCACCAUUGACGGAUUGAGAGGAAAACAUGAAUCUGCUAACUCCGUGGCUGCGGGCGCCCUGACAGGUGCCAUCUUUAAAUCCUCGAAGGGUCUCAAGCCGAUGGGCUACGCUUCCGGUAUGAUGGCCGUCGCUGCAGCAGGUUGGUGCGGACUCAAGUCGGUCCUAUUGUAA